GCAUCCAUACCUAGUACCUACAAUCCUCGAGAAGAAACAAAAUUGUAUGGCAACAUUAAAGCCAUAUAUGGACGAAAUGAAGGACACAAUUAUUGAUGCGUUAAAGGCCAGUUUGAAAGGUGUCACUGUCCUCACUUCUGUAGUAGAUCAUGUGGAGGAUGAUCAUUCAAACGAAUACGUUCCUAAUCAACCUGGGGAGAAUUCUAUACCAAGUACUGCUAAAGAAGGAAGCCUGGUAGAUGAUGACAACUUUUCAUCACCAACAGUGGAUGAGAACAUCCUUCCAUUAACUGUAGUGGAUGAUGAUCUUGCUGAAGUUGAUGCAUACUUUGCUAAAGAAGUUGAUGAAGAGGUGACGAAAGAGGAAGAGAAACAACAAGAGGAGAUGAAAGAAGUAGAGAAACAACAAAAGGAGACAGUGGAAGAGAACAAUGAAGAUAAACAAGAGGAGAAACUACACGAAAUGAAGCAAAUGGAGAAGAAGAGAAAGAACAACAACAGGAUAAGACAACAGAGAAUGAAGAAGAGGAAAAGCUUGAAGAAGAAGGGUUGGCCACAGAAGUGAAAAUAGACGUGAUGGGUAUUGUGAUGGAGAUUACUACUCAGGUUGGUAGUGAUUAAGGUCAGUUGUGAUUUUUGGGAUGGUUAUUCCCUGGUAUUUUAAGGCAAUUUGUGUAGUUAUUCGUUUUUUAAGUCAAUUGAUUCUUGUGAUAGUUGAGGUGGGUUUUGUGAUAGUUGGGUUUUUCCCUGAUUUAAAGACAUGUCUUUUUGACAAUGUUAAAGUGGUCUGUUGUUUUUGAAGACAAAAAUGUACAUCUGG